AUGGCAGACACCGAGGCUCCUGCUCCUCAAAACAUGGAGCCUGAUGUCGCUCUCGACAAGCAACCACACGGCCCGCCGCAACCCGACAUGGACUCCAGCCAGGAACUGCACGAUGUACCCUUAGAUACCGCGCCAGAUGCUGAAACUCCUCCUGUUUUGACAUAUGAACCCUCGGAUCCUGUACAGCACCAACAUGGUGCAGACAUUGAGACAUCGCAUCCGGAUACGCUACCCACACCUGAACCUCCGCUCCUGUCAGAGCAAUCCGACCAACCUACCGUACCUACCAUCACCACCCCUCUGCCAGAGUCUACAUCGACACCACAAUCCGAAGAUGCUCCCCAGACUGCCGCCGAUCCUCGUCUCAUCCAGCCUACUCGCCAGCGCACCGACUCGCAGUCCACUACUGCUACCUCUCGCUCGACAACUCGUUCGUCCAUGGUCUUCGUCGUUAGUGCUUUAGAAAAGAUCGCUGCUUCCAAGGAUGCUCGUAAAGAAAAGCCCCUGGCAGAUGCUACCCAGCGUGCCUUGUCAACAAUCAAGAGCCAGGGAGAUCCGACCCAGACAGAUCCUGAGAUUCUGUUCGCGCCCCUACAACUGGCUAGCCGAGCAAAUACCGUCGCAAUUGUCACUACCGCUCUGGACUGCAUCGGCAAACUUAUCAGUUACUCCUACUUUUCAGUUCCUACAGACCCAAAUCAUGAGAACCAGCAGCCUCUGCCACUCAUCGAGCGCGCCAUUGAUACCAUAUGCGACUGCUUCCAGGGUGAGACCACCCCUGCUGAGGUCCAGAUGCAAAUCCUCAAAUCUUUGUUGGCUGCCAUUCUCAACGACAAGAUUGUGGUCCACGGUGCAGGCCUACUCAAGAGUGUUCGUCAAACAUACAACAUCUUCCUGCUGUCCAAGAAUAGCUCCAACCAACAAAUUGCUCAAGGAACCUUGACACAAAUGGUUGGAACCGUUUUUGAGAGAGUAAAGACACGGAUUGCUGGACGUGCCGCCAGGGCUGAAUCCUCCAAAUCCCCCCUUACCAACGAUGCCGCCGAAACAGCCGAGUCGCCCUCAGAUGCGGCAGGAAAUGGAUUACCACGAGCUUCCACUGACUUGCAAGAAGAGGAAGAAGAGGAACAAGAGGAUGUUGACACGACCAGAAUGACUCUGCAGACAUUCGAGACCAAGAAGAGUUUCGACGAUGCUCGGAUAGGCGAUAAUGCUCCUACUAUGGUCACUCGCCUGAAGAAGUCACGAAUGCCUGCCCGUACCUCUUCUGGCAAUGACGGCGUUCCUGCCAUCACAGUACAGCCAGAUGGUUCUGACAUUACCGAAGAGGAUGAGGAAGACGAAAUCUUCAUCAAGGACGCCUUCCUAGUAUUCCGUGCAAUGUGCAAGCUCAGUACAAAAACGCUUCGUGUCGAGGAGACUGUUGAUCUGAGAUCUCAGGGCAUGCGCUCCAAGCUGCUAUCCCUCCACAUCAUUCAGACUACGAUCUUCAAUCACUAUGCCAUCUUCACUUCACCCUUUGCGACUAUUCGCAGUAGCUCUAAUAACGAUCCCACAAGCUUCACACAGGCGAUCAAACAAUACCUCUGUCUUAGUUUGAGUCGCAAUGGAGCUAGCUCUGUGAACAAAGUGUUUGAGAUCAGUUGCGAGAUCUUUUGGCUGAUGAUCCGCUAUUUGCGAGUUACACUCAAGAGGGAAAUCGAGGUUUUCCUCAAAGAGAUCUAUCUCGCAAUUUUGGACAAGAGGACGGCGCCUGCAUUCCAGAAGCAAUGCAUUAUCACGGUCUUGACCAGACUGGCUUCAGAUCCAAGAGCACUGGUUGAGCUCUAUCUCAAUUAUGAUUGCGACCGAGCAGCACUCGACAACUUCUACCAACGUAUCAUCGAACACCUUUCCAGAAUUGCCAGUUCGCCUGUGCAGGUCACGGCGCAGCAGGAACUGUUGUACAUUGAGCAGCAAUCUAAGCAUGGCAAUGCCAUGUCCGAGUGGUUGGCCCAAAGUACUCUACCUCCAUCAUUAUCCACCUCCACAAUCUCUAGUGUUCCGGACGCCAAUCAAGACAUACCUGCAGAAUACGUCAUGAAGCAGCAUUCUCUGGAGUGUCUGGUGGAGACGUUGCGUUCUAUGGUCAACUGGUCUCAGCAAGGUCUCAACGAUGUCGCUGCAUCACUGUCGAAUCCUGAAUCGCGCAAUUCAAUAGAAGACUUCAGAGAAUCGAUUGACGCUCGUGAAAAUGGUAUCGCCCAAUCACCUAUCGUACCGAGCGUGGAGGCUUCUGCGAAUGCGGUGGCUGGCACUCNNCCCCUUGCUGAAGACGACCCUGCUGAGCUUGAACGAGUCAAACAACACAAGACCGCGCUUAACAAUGCCAUUAAACAGUUCAAUUUCAAGCCUAAGAAGGGUAUCAAGGUUCUGGUGGCAGGUGGCUUCAUUCCCUCGGAUUCGCCUCAAGAUAUCGCUCGGUUCCUCAUUACCAAUGAUAGGUUAGACAAGAAAGCACUAGGUGAAUUCCUUGGAGAAGGUGAACCAGAAAAUAUUGCUAUCAUGCAUGCUUUCGUGGACAGUAUGAACUUCACAAAGACACGAUUCGUCGAUGCUCUUCGCAACUUCUUGCAGAGUUUCCGUCUACCAGGAGAGGCCCAGAAGAUCGAUCGUUUGAUGCUGAAGUUCGCCGAAAGAUACACCGGAGGCAAUCCUAAUGCGUUUGCGAACGCUGAUACUGCCUAUGUGCUAGCCUAUUCGGUUGUUAUGCUCAACACCGAUCAGCACAGUGCACAGGUCAAGGUUCGCAUGACUCCAGAAGAUUUCAUCAAGAACAAUCGUGGCAUCAAUGAUGGUCAGAGUCUGCCAGAUGACUACCUCAAGUCUAUCUUCGAAGAGAUCGCCCAGAAUGAAAUCGUUCUGGAUACGGAGCGUGAGAAUGCUGCUAAUCUAGGCAUGUUGCCGCAAGGCACUGGUAGCUUAGCUGCAAACAUCGGUCAAGCGGUCGCCAAUUUUGGGCGUGAUUUACAGAGAGAGGCGUAUGCUCAAGCUUCGGAUCAAAUGGCCACCAAAACGGAACAGCUCUUCAAGAAUCUCAUGAAAGCUCAGCGUCGUGGGGCUGCUAGGUCAUCUUCGGUCAGAUUCAUUCCUGCAUCAUCGUUCAAACACGUCGGCCCGAUGUUUGAGGUGACCUGGAUGUCUUUCUUGACUGCACUUUCUGGCGGAACUCAAGAAACAAACAACAUUGAGAGAAUCAAGCUCUGUAUGGAAGGCCAAAAACUGGCUAUCCGCAUUUGCUGUUUGUUUGAUCUUACAGAUCCCCGACAGGCUUUUAUUGCUUCACUCACCCGAUUCACAAACCUUUACAACAUAGGGGAGAUGAAGGCCAAGAACAUCGAAGCUCUCAAAGCCGUUCUCGAUGUCGCACAAAACGAAGGCAACCUGCUCAAGGACUCAUGGCGAGACGUUCUUACAUGCAUAAGUCAACUCGACAGGUUCCAGCUCAUCUCCACUGGUGUGAGCGAAGGUGACGUUCCGGAUAUGUUGAGAACACACUCUUCUAUGAGCACCCCCAACCGCAAAUCUCUUGGUGUUCCUCCUCGUCACCGCAACAGAAACUCUGUCAGUGGCGUAGUUUACCAGCCCGAUAUCGCCGAGGAGAGCAGAUCCGCCGAUAUGGUUCGCAGCGUCGAUCGUAUCUUCACUAACACCGCCAACUUGUCUGGAGAUGCCAUCGUGCACUUUGUCACGGCCCUCACCCAAGUCAGCUGGCAAGAGAUCCAGUCGUCUGGCAACAGCGAGUCUCCCAGAACUUACAGUCUGCAGAAGCUUGUUGAGAUCAGUGGCUACAAUAUGACCCGUGUGCGUUUCGAAUGGACAAGCAUUUGGCAAGUACUAGGUGAACACUUCAUCCAAGUCGGCUGCCAUAACAACACGAACGUUGUUUACUUUGCUCUUAACUCAUUGAGACAAUUGUCUAUGCGUUUCAUGGAGAUCGAGGAAUUGCCUGGUUUCAAAUUCCAGAAAGAUUUCUUGAAGCCAUUCGAACACAUUCUGAGCAAUGCUACACAAGUGCCUGUCAAAGAUAUGGUCUUGCGCUGUCUGAUUCAGAUGAUUCAAGCUAGAGGUGACAACAUUCGCUCCGGAUGGAAGACUAUGUUCGGUGUUUUCACUGUUGCGGCUCGUGAGCCUUACGGUAUGUGUUUAACAUUUGACGCAACUACUUUUUCUAACUGUUCUCAGNAAUCGAUUGUUAAUCUCGCCUACGACAAUGUCACACAGGUCUACAACGAUCGCUUCGCUGUGGUUAUCACCCAGGGUGCAUUCGCUGACCUUAUCGUCUGCUUGACUGAGUUCUCUAAGAAUCACAAGUUCCAGAAGAAGUCCCUGCAAGCCAUUGAGAUGCUCAAGUCUUCCGUCUCCAAGAUGCUUCGUACACCCGAGUGUCCACUUAGUGUCAAAGCCAGCACCGUCAAAGAUGCUCCUACAGCAGAGGGUAUGCCCAAACAACCUACCAGACAGACUCAAGAAGAGCAGUUCUGGUUCCCUGUUCUUNUUGCCUUCCAUGAUGUGUUGAUGACAGGAGAUGAUCUCGAAGUCCGAUCUAGGGCGCUCAAUUACUUGUUCGAGACAUUAACACGAUAUGGUGGUGACUUCCCUCGCGAAUUCUGGGACACUCUGUGGCGCCAACUUUUGUACCCUAUCUUCAUGGUCCUCAAAUCAAAGUCAGAGAUGUCAAAGGCUCUUAAUCAUGAGGAGCUUUCGGUAUGGCUAUCGACAACCAUGAUUCAAGCGCUCCGCAACAUGAUCAGUCUUUUCACACAUUUCUUUGAUUCUCUCGAGUAUAUGCUUGAUAGAUUCCUGGACCUUCUGGCACUUUGCAUUUGCCAAGAGAACGACACCUUGGCCAGAAUUGGCAGCAACUGCUUGCAACAACUGAUUCUUCAAAAUGUUCACAAGUUCACCCCCGAACAUUGGGAANAGGUUGUUGGCGCGUUCGUCGACUUGUUUGCACGAACUGAAGCGACAGCUCUCUUCUCCGCAGCAACUUCGUCCUCAUACAGGAAAGACUCAAGUGCCUCAAACGGCUCCAAGGCUGCUCCAGCAUCGAUGGACGGCCUCUCAAUGACUGAAACCCCUUCUGCAGAUCCAGCAUCUAUACCAUCAGAGAAUCCUCUAAACCUGAACGGUGAUGAGCAUUCUCCAAGUGAGGGAUCACCGAGACGUCCCCAGGGCAACACCACGGCUACUAUGCAGUCCGACCGAAGCUUAUCUCCUUCAAAACAGGCUCAAAUUGGCGAUGGCAAUGAGCUUGAAUCGUUCAACAACACAUCACAAACACCCAACGCGCCGGUUGUUGUCACUGCAGCACGCCGCCGCUUCUUCAACCAGAUCAUUACCAAGUGUGUCUUGCAAUUGCUGAUGAUUGAUACCGUCAGCGAGCUGUUUUCCAACGAUUCUGUCUAUGCUGCCAUCCCUUCUCAUCUGUUACUGCGCUUGAUGGCACUGCUCAAGAAGUCUUACCACUUCGCCAAACGCUUCAACGAGGAUCGCGAGUUGCGUACGAAGUUAUUCAGAGAAGGCUUCAUGCGUCAGCCUCCGAAUCUGCUCAAGCAGGAGUCUGGAUCGGCGUCCGUUUACGUUAGUAUUCUUCUGCGUAUGUUCUCUGAUGAAGGAGAGGAGCGGAAAGCAUCACGCACCGAGACGGAGCAGGCACUCAUUCCUUUGUGUGCCGACAUUGUGAGCUCUUAUGUUGAGCUUGAUGAGGAUACACAACAGCGCAACAUCAUGACUUGGCGGCNNCCGUUGUGGUUGAUGUGCUUGAAGGCUACACAGCCUUCCACACCGACGAUUUCGAACGUCACGCCACCACUUUCACACCGCUUGCCGUCGGCCCUCAUGAAUCGUGAUAUGGGUCCCGAGCUCCAGCGAGCGGUGCAAGGACUUUGGGCUCGCGUCACCGAGAUCAAAUUUGGUGUGAAGACGUUUGCUCAUACUGGCAAGACGUCGGGACUGACUAGCCCCACUAGACCAUCGAUGUUCAGCGGGCGUCGCUCGAGUAGGGGAAGUCAUUAG